AUGAAAAACAUUGACUUACGAUAACUUGAAAUUAAACUAUCUAGCUUCCUCUAAACUUCAACCUAAGCCUAAAAAAGACUAGUCCUAGUCAGAUCAGCUGAAUCAUAAGGUAACCUCUCUGGCACUAUCACUGGUUGGAUGGAUGUUAGAUUGAGUGAUUUCGGCAGAAAAUAGGCGUUUACACUGAACUCAGUUCUUUCUAAAUAUUAAGAUCAUUUUAGAACCAUACAUAGCUCUGAUCUCUAAAGAUGCUCAGACACUGCAUUCUAUGCUCUGGGAUUUCCUUCUGAUGAAGAAAUCAUUAAGUAAGUAUCUGCUCUAAGAGAGUUGAACUUUGGUGCUCAUGAAGGUUUACAUUAUGAUGGACUUAGCUAAGAGGAAAAGCAAAAACUUAGUGACCCUCUUUACCAAGCCCCUCAAGGUGAAAGCUGGCCACAAGUUAAAGAACGAGCUGCCAGAUAUUUCGGACAACUUAACACUGGAAAUCACUUAAUCUUCACACAUGGAGGAGUGAUUACAAGCUAUCUUUAUGAUUAGGGAAUCACUGAGAUGCCAAAUAAUUGCUCUGUUUUAGGAUUAACUUUAGCAGAACAAAAUUAAAAAGACUUAGCAGAGCUCAAAUAAUUAGAUUUUGUGUGGAAUUUCCCUCAUUUAGAUGAAGAUAUAUGA